CAUUUGCAUAGCAUGCAGAUUUUCAAAUAGGUGUCUUAAAAAGAAAAAAACCCUUUCCAUUCGCCACAGUGUGAAGGUGAAGCACAAAGUGUCUGCAAGGAAGGCUGUCUGGGCUUUGUAACUAGGUCAAAAGAAAAUGCACUAAGGAGGAGGAAGUGGUAAUAAUUUCAAUUGAACUCUGUACCUUUGACUAAUGCUGUCUAUUGAGGCUGAUUGUAAAUGUGCUUGAGACAGCCACAAAAGAAUGUAACGGAAUCACACACCCUCUUCGAUCUGUUCUUCUGACCAUUUUCAAAUCUGAAGUCCUUGGAAAGCAUUUUGUUCUUCUUCUCCACACAUAUAUAUAUAUAACCUUUUCAGAAGUGUACUGGCAAAAUGAAUAUCACAGAGUCUAGUGUCACAGAGUAUAUGUAUGAUUCAGACUAUCCUUCUCAAAUUGCACAACCCUGCUCUAAGGGGGAAGUGAGGACCUUCACAAAAGCAUUUCUACCAGUUGCAUACUCGUUGAUUUGUAUCAUCGGCCUAGUUGGUAACAUCUUUGUAGUGAUGACCUUUGCUUUAUAUGAAAGAACCAAGUCCAUGACAGAUGUUUACCUCUUCAACAUGGCCAUCGCAGACAUACUGUUUGUUCUCACCCUCCCACUGUGGGCAGUGAACUAUGCUGCUGACAAAUGGAUUUUCGGUAAUUUCAUUUGCAAAAUGGCCAGAGGUAUCUAUGCGAUCAACUUCAGCUGUGGCAUGCUGCUUUUGGCCUUUAUCAGUGUGGACCGGUACAUUGCAAUCGUACAGGCAACAAAGUCAUUUAAACUAAGGGCAAGAACACUUGCAUACAGUAAACUGAUUUGUUUGGCUGUGUGGGUAUCAUCAAUUUUAAUUUCCAGUUCCUCUUUUCUAUACAGUGAAAGUUACAACUUCUCUGUCAACGAAACCAAAAAUAUUUGUGAUCACAGAUUUGACAAAAUGGCCGAAAGCACUAUGCUGAAAUCACUGCUGUUGUGUCUACAAGUUGGAUUUGGAUUUUUUUUACCUUUCAUAUUUAUGUUUUUUUGCUAUACAUUCAUAAUCAAAUCCUUGCAACAAGCACAGAAUUCGAAGAGAAACAAAGCAAUUCGUGUGAUUGUAUUAAUUGUAGCUGUUUUCCUAGUUUGCCAGGUACCCUAUAACAUUGUUCUUCUUGUGGCAGCUGUAAAUAUGGGUAAGAUGGACAAAUCUUGUGACUCUGAAAAGGCAAUGGCCUAUGCAAAAUACACCACUGAAGCCAUAGCAUUUUUACACUGUUGCCUGAACCCUGUGCUCUAUGCAUUUAUUGGAGUGAAGUUUAGAAGUUACUUUGUGAAGAUAAUGAAGGACUUAUGGUGCAUGAGACACAAGAAAUACAAUAAACGUGGUUCAAGGACAAAUUCUGAUAUUUAUCAUUCAAGACAGACUAGUGAAAUUCUGACUGACAAUGCAUCUUCUUUUACAAUAUAAUACAAUUUGAAAAAUAUUAUUACUGAAGGACUCUGCUCACCAAGCAACCCAAACCAGCCUCACUAUGCCUGUGGUAGCCAGUCUUUUGGGCUUCUCUGCACCUCAAAUGGAGCUCUCAUGACCUACAACUCCUUUCAGGAAAACAAUUAAGAUAAAAUAACAACCUGUCCUGUGGAAAACUGAAGUCUUGUUCACCUCUCUUAACGUUCACGUUCUUCUAAAGUGCACUCUUGUGAAUUUUACAGAGGAAUAUUUAUUGUUUUUAAUAAUAAUAAUUAAUAAAAAACAAGUGUCUUCUCUGUUGUACAUCACUGAAAUAUCUCAGAAGUACUAAGUAAAUGAAUCAGUCUAUGUCUGGCUCAUUCUACUUACAUUUACGUUGUUGCUAUUAACUGUUUUUACCUGGAAAUCUUAUUUAAGUGUAGGUCUCCAUGGUGCUUUUGCUGCAGACAGCUCAUUUUAUAACACCAACCUAAAAUAUGGCAUUUUGAGCUAAGUAUGGCAAGCAGAGCUAACAUAGAAAUGAAGAAACAGGCUCAAGGAUUCUGGAAUAGGUGGGCUUAGGUGUCAGGUCUCAUAAAUCUUUGCACAGUUCUGUGAUCCACCUGCUCAUUGGGAAUUGCAGAAGGUUACACCAAAGCUGAGACUGGUUAAAGCCAACAGAGACGUGCCUACAACGUUACAAUAAAUAAAUAACACAAAAUAAAGAGAGCUUUGCAACAUGCACAGAAAGGUUUUCUGAAAUCUGCUUAGACUAUUUUCUGAACAGAGAAAGCAGCUUUAUCUGAGAGAUUCUUCCCUUCAUUUGGCACUAAAUUCCAGUUCUGCCUUCAGUUGAAGCUGUUCAGCUUGUAAACAUUUUUCUGUGUUGUUGUUUCUUUAUGUUGUUAUUUUUUUCUUUUUAGCUGAAAUUCACACUCCACUUUCUAGAAGCUAGAAAAAUGAACAGAAAUGUAAUUAUUCAAAUUCCAACUCUCUCUCUCUCUUUUUUUUUUUUUUUUUUUUGACUAGAUUUGUCAAAAAACAUGCAUUUCUUUGUAUUUCGCUAUUGUUCACAAAGUUUCCUUAGGAAGAGAUUUACUAUUCCUAAGUAUGUAUGUAUGAAAUUUAUUCUGUUAGCUCCAAAAUUAUUAAGGUCUAUGCCUAGAAAUAAAACCAGAAUCUGACUUAAUUCAGCCAAAAUUUUUACUGCGUCAACAUUUAUCUCACUCUGCAUAUAAGGAUAUUUCUAAUAAAUUCAAUUAGUUUUACGCAGUAAACCCUCAGUGGAACUUGUGUUCACCACCUUGUAACUGUGCGGGAUGUGGAAAGGUAGAGAGGAACAGGAUCUGAUGCAUUUUAUAGAGCUGGAGGGCAGAGGGGCAGAGCGGGACGUAGGAGAGGACAAGAACACAUGUGCUACCUGCUUGCAAUCUGCUGAAGUUCCUACCACAAAUUAAUGCAAUGGGCAGAUCACAGUUUGCCUUGGAUGUCUUCUUUUAUACUCAUGGCUGAGGAGACAGAGAAAGAAGUAACCACAUCUUUCAGUGGCAAUCCAAAGGGCCAAGAGAGGCAGUGCUGGAGCUGAAGAAGAUUUGAGGAAGGGUGUUGAUAUGGUACGACUUGAAAUUGGUACUGCUUGUGCUGGUGUAAUCCGUCCUUGUUUACAGUACACUGUGAGGUUCUUAAUAUCAGUGUCAGAUGCGAUAAAGAUUGUAUGCAUUUAUCAUCACUGAAUAGUAACUUAGGCAAGAAUAUAAUGCAAAAUAAUGUAAAUGCGUAUGUGUGCAUUUGCUGUACGAUUUUCUGCAUGAGAAUUCAACAAAUAAAAAAUGUUACCGAAAAGGAAAGAA